CUUAAAUUCUAUUCAAUUUAUCGUUUUCAUGUUCCUCGAGCAAAUCGAUUCCACACUGAAAACAAAAAUUCGAAAUCCGUGAACUCAUUGCUCUAUAAAUGCAACACACGCAGGCAUACACACGCUCUUACUCUCUAUGACUGUGACUGAGCCAGUUGUGAAGCUUCAGAUCUGCUACUGAUUCCAUCGUAGGAAGGAAAGAAAGAAGCAAAUGGAAUUCAGAAGAUGAAGUUCUAUGUAUCUGCCAAGGGAAAAAAGAGGCUCGUCACCCUGUCCAAAGAAACCGGUGUCACCGGAAAAGUAUCCGCCAAGACCGAUGCUGUUGCGGACGAUGCCUCCUCCGCCGCCUCCGCCGUCGAUCGCCGGAUUUCCAACCGGACUGUUCUGAUGCUCGGGGUGGUGUUGCUGCUCGCCUUUAUGAAGGUGGCGGUUUUGGUGCUGGAAUCUUCCGCGGUUUGCACCUCCUUGGGUUGCGUGGGAUCGAGGUUUUUCAGCGGGGGUGACAUGAGCCUGAAACUCAAAGAUGAGCUUACCAGAGCGCUAAUAGAGGCAAAUGAUGGUAAUUUUAAUGAACGAGGAGCAGAGUCAUUCAACGAGCUUGUGAAAGUGUUGACGUCAAAACAAGACCUUAAGGCAUUUGCUUUCAAGACCAAAGCCAUGCUGUCGCGGAUGGAACGGGAGGUGCAAUCAGCUAGAAAGCAGGAGUCAGUUUUUUGGCAUCUAGCUUCACAUGGUGUUCCCAAAAGUCUGAAUUGUCUUUGUCUGAAGUUGGCUGAAGAAUACGCUGUAAAUGCCAUGGCCCGAUCUCGCCUACCUCCUCCUGAAUAUGUUUCUCACCUUGUUGACCCUACCUUUCACCACCUUGUUCUCCUAACUGACAACGUCCUAGCUGCCUCUGUUGUUGUAACCUCUACUAUUGAAAAUUCAGAUAACCCUGAAAGAUUAGUUUUUCACAUAGUUACCGACAAGAAAACUUAUACUCCAAUGCAUGCUUGGUUUGCCAUCAAUUCUAUUAAAUCAGCAGUAGUUGAAGUUAGGGGAUUACACCACUAUGACUGGUCUGAAGAAAGGAAUGCUGGUGUUAAGGAGAUGCUGGAAACUAAUCAUUUAAUUUGGAAGCACUACUACAACAACUAUAAAGAAGAGGACCUCGACUAUAGUGAAGAGCAUAAUAGAUGUUUGGAAUCUUUAAGUCCCAGCAGCCUUUCCCUGUUGAAUCAUCUCCGCAUCUAUAUCCCUGAGCUGUUUCCAGAUCUCAACAAGGUUGUAUUGCUGGAUGAUGAUGUUGUAGUACAGCAUGACAUAUCUUCUUUGUGGCAACUAGAUCUUAAUGGCAAAGUCAGUGGUUCGGUAUUCAAGUCAUGGUGUGAGGACAGCUGCUGCCCUGGAAGUAAAUACGUCAACUUUUUCAACUUUUCAAAUCCUUUUAUAUCAUCCAAAUUUGACGGUGAUCAGUGUUCAUGGGUCUAUGGCAUGAAUAUAUUUGAUCUUGAAGCUUGGAGGAGAUCAAAUAUUACUGAGACCUACCAUCAAUGGUUGAAACUUAACGUCAAGUCUGGGUUUGCAUUCUUUAAUCCUGGAGUGCUUCCACCUGCCUUGAUUGCUUUUGAGGGUCAAGUGCAACCUAUAGAUUCAUCAUGGCUUGUGACUGAUUUAGGUUAUCGCCAUCGAUCUGAAGAAAUUAGCAUACAGAAACUGGAAGCUGCUGUCGUAGUUCAUUUCAGUGGCCCUGCAAAGCCAUGGCUUGAUAUUGGUUUACCAGAGGUUCGAAGUUUAUGGAAUAGAUAUGUAAAUUUCUCCGAUAAGUUCAUUAAGAGAUGUGGGAUUACAGCGUGAAGUUAUAUUCCACCUCCAAUAUUCAUUUUGAGAUUGAAUCAGUGAUACCGUAUUGGGUCAAAGGGAAGAAGGUUUUGUCUUCAGUCUCUGACUUCGCACAGUACGGUAUCAUUGCUCCAUGUCCAUAUAAAUAGCGAAUAGAUGAAGCUACCAUACAAUACCCUGUUAGAAGAAGCACAGUUGCUGCAGUAUA